AUCAACAAAACGGCGUCGUAUUGUCUAAGCGUCAUAAGGGUUUUGCGAAGGCUUUUAGAGUUGCACGAACAUUUCUCCGAGAUUUCUAAACGCGACGGCGAUUGCUACUGUCUCCUUCUGAUUCCGGAGUAAUCGCUGAUGGAGUCAUUAUUACAAACUUUUGAAGAAACGGCUGGCUUAUGUCAUCCAGAUUGCGUGAAAGCAAGCAAUGAGCAAGAAGAUUACGAUGCAUCUCAAUCUGCAGCUUUGAUAGCUGUGAGUCUGAUUAGCUCUGCACGGGUUAUCUUCAAGCUCGACUCUGAGUAUACUGAGUACUCAGCUCAGUAUUUGGUGGAUAACGUUGGGAAGGAAGAAGUUGAGGGAGAAAUGGAUCAACAAAGCUGUCAGUACACUGUUGAAAACCUCCUUCGGUACUUGGUGGAGAACGUUUGGAUCAAGAAGGAAGAUGGGCAGGGAGAAAUGGAUCAACAACGCCGUGAGUUCACUGUCAAAGACUGCUUUGAAUUUGCUUUUAAAAAAGGGCUUCCAAGAAGUGUGCAUUGGGCGCAUGUGGGAUGCACGUUCAAGGCUCCCCCAUUUGCUUGUCAAAUACCUCGCGUUCCCAUGAAAGGAGAAGUGAUUGAGGCUACAGAUUUGGGUGAAGCAUUGAAGUUGGGUAUGCAACAACCAGUGGGAGCAAGGUUGCAUGUGUUCAGUCCAGAGUUUGAUAGUGUUGGAGAGGGAAUUUACGAUGGGCCGUCAGGUAAUGGAACAAGCUAUGUUGGCCUUAGAGAUGUGAUCAUGGUUGAAGCGGAGAGGAUCAAGGGAGAAACUGUUGUGACUGUGCAGAUAUGCUACAAGAAGAAGACUUCUUUUGUCAAAGUGUCUACGAGAAGUAUGAUUCUCCCGCUUAAUGGUGACGACGAGUCUCAGGUCAGAGAGCCAACAUGUCUGCUUGUUGACUUCUGUAUCCCACGUUUCUCUAUCAACUAAACAAGAGAGCUGAGAUCUUGGUAAGUAUCUGGAGAACUUUAUGGUAGUUGUGGAACCUGUUUGUUGGUCCUAUGUUAAGAAUGUUUUAUCAGACUUAUUUUCUGUUUAAGUAUCUUGAAAACCUUAUGCUUGUUGUGGAACUCAGUUUGUGGUCUGAAAUUAAGAUUGUUUUAUGAGACUUUUAUCCGUGUUUUAAAAA